AUGGCGGAGGGCGCUAGGCCCGCGGUGCCAGCUGCUGGGCCCCUGGCGCGGCGCAUUGCCCGCGUCAUCGAUGGCCGGCUCGAGGCGCCAGAGAUGGUCGGCGCGCUCAGGACACUGUCGUCCCUCUACGACGGCGACGCUGCAACGGACGAUGCGCCUGCCAGGAAGACGCCGUUGCGCACUCACAUGAAGGAGCGCGCUCUCGCUUUGCACGACGAGUACCUCGAGGCCGCGAAAGGCCCCCUCAAGGCACUGGAGGAGGCCGGGCAGCUCCUCGACGCCAUCGAGGCCUGCUGUGCCGCCCUCACUCGAGCAGCGCAGACGUCCCAAGCCGCCUCCGCGCCGCUGCUGUCCGAGCAGACCCGUCUCCAGCAGGAGCUCGCUCGCAUCGACGCGCGCGCCCGCGAGGCCGCGGACUUCCAGACGCGCUUCCUGCUGUCCGCGGAGGACGCCCGCGCCGCUCGGCAGGGCCCCGUCGGCCCGGCGUUCUUCCGCGCGUUGGCACGGACGCGCGAAGUGCACGGCAACUGCAGGGCGCUCCUGGCCACGCAGCACAAGCGCCCGGCCAUGGAGCUGAUGGACGCGAUGGCGCAGCACCAGGACGCGGCGUACGAGCUCCUCACGCGCUGGCUCCAGGCCGAGUGCCGCGCCCUGGGCGAGGCCGAGGGGCGUGUUGCGCCGACGCCAAUAGUCCUCCAGGCCGUCGCGGCGCUGCGGGACCGCCCCGUGCUGCUGCGCUGCUGCCUCGACGAGGCCGUCCAGGCGCGCCAGGCCCGCGUGUUCGAGCGAUUCAUCGCGGCGCUCUCGCGUGGCGAGGGCGCGCGCCCUCCCAUCGAACACCGCUCAGACGACCCGGUGCGGUACGUGGGCGACAUGCUCGCGUGGGUGCACGGCGCGGCGACCGCGGAGAAGGAGCUCGCGGGGGCGCUCGCGGGGGCCGACGGCGCGGCUGCGCCGCAGCAGCAGGGCACCGCGCCCGGGGAGUUGACCGACAGGGCGCUGCGACCGGCGGUCCGCGCGCUGCAGGUCCGCAUCGAGCAGGUGCUGGCGUCGAAGCCGCCGCUCGGGACGCUCCUGCGGCUGGUUGGCGCGCUCGCGCGCCACAGAGGGAUGCUUGCUCCGGUGACGGGCGCGGAGGGGGAGCUCUGCGGGGCGCUGGAGGCGUGCCAGGCUUCGGCGACGGAGAUGCUGGAGCGCAGUGCGGUGCGCGAGGCGCACGCGCUGCUCGACCGCGCGGCGCUGCCGGCGUCCGCGGCGGCGCUCGGGACUCCCCCGGAGGUCUCGGCGUGCGUCAGGCUCCUGACGUCGCUCGCGGGGGACGCGCAGGCCGGCGCGGCGCGCGACAGCGCCACGGACGCGGCGCUCGAGGCCGCGGCGCGCGCGGUGCUGAGCCCGCUCGUCCACUGCGACCGCGUCGCUGCGGCGGUCGGCGAGGCCGCUGCGGGCGGCGCGGGCGAGGGCGGCGCGGCGCGCGUCGCCGCGCAGCAGGGCCGCGUCGCGCGGUGCGUCGCCGGCAUCAACUGCCUGUCCGCCGUCCACACGCCGCUCUCGGCGCACCCUGCGCUGCGCGCAGCGGUCGCGCCCUUGUCCGAGCGCGUCGACAGGCUGAUCGCGGAGCUCGCGGCCGCGGAGGCGGGCGUGCUGCUCGGCGGCUGCGGCCUCCAGGAAAUCGUCGGGCGCAUGGAGGAGUUCCAGCGCGGGGGCCCUGACGUGGCCGCGCGGAUGUCGGCAGCGCCGGAGCUGUCGCUGUCGCGGGUGACGGGCGCGAUGCGCGGGCUCGCGGCGCGCGUGUCGAUGCCGGACGCGAUGCCGGAGUUCCGCCAGAUCGAGGCGCCGCACCUGCGCUCGCGGGCCGUCGACGGCGUCGUGCACAACAUCGCGUCGGCGUACGGACACGUGUACGCCACGCUGGAGUCCGACGCGGGGUACCAGGCGGCCGGGGGCGUCGGUGGGGUGCGGCACUCCCCCGACGAGCUGCGCGGGGUCCUCAGCGGCGGCUCCUGA